GGGAUGACAUUGAGGACCCUGAAUAAGCUGUUCCUGGGCGAUACUUUUUGAUCCCUCCCUUCUUUUUCUCAAACUCAUAAUAUUCUUCAAGAACAAACAGUCGUUAUCCAUUCCUCUGUCGUUUCAAAUACUCCUGAUUUUAUUUUGCCCUCUCAUAACCUUUAACUCUCGUUUGCAAGAUUAUAGCCAUGGGUCUAAAGCUCGAGGCUGCGCUCAAAGCAUUGGCGGUUGCAUCAUGGUUCACAACGUCAUACGCCGGGAUCAUUGAACGCAGACAAACCCCGGUCUCAACAGGGUCCUGGACAUUCUAUGGCUGUCAAACAGAAGCUACCAAUGCCAGAGCUCUUGGCUCGAAAUCCACGGCAUAUGAUACAAUGACAGUAGAAUCGUGUGCCUCCGACUGUGCUGGCUAUACCUACUUCGGCGUAGAGUACGGACGAGAAUGCUAUUGUGGAAAUAGCUUUGCCGCCGGCUCAACAGCUGCUCCCUCGUCGGAUUGCAGUUUCGCUUGCGCAGGUAAUUCGGCCGAGAGAUGCGGUGCCGGGAAUCGGCUGUCCGUUUACAAAUUGGGCGCUGCUUCAGGUACAACGAGCAAGCCAGGUACAACAACGAGUAAGCCUGGGUCAACGACCUCGACCAAAGUUGCAACAACAACUACCACUGCCCAACCAGCGGGGCCUGGUCCUCAGAAAACGGGCUUACCGGCUGGUUGGGUAUAUUCUGGUUGCUUGCAGGACAACAUUGUUUCGAAGGAGGACGCGAAUGUGCAAAUUCCUGUCUUCCCCUACAAAGUUUGGGAUACGCAGACCAAUGAAGCAGUGUCUUGCAUUCAACGCUGUCAACAGUUUGGUUUUAAUGCUGCAGGACUAGAAUAUGCUUCUCAAUGCUUCUGUGGAGAUGUCCAAAACAUCAAUGUAGCGUCUGCUCCUGGCACUUCGACAGACCCCAGCAAGCCGCAACAGUAUACUUACAGCGCAAAGCCAGCUUCAUACGAUGACUCGCAAUGUAACGCCGCCUGUACGGGCAACAGUAACUACUAUUGCGGUUCAGGCAAUCGUCUCACGUGGUACACCUACACGACAUCUCCGGUGAAAUGGAGUUUCCCCACUGGCAAUUCCGCGGGAACAUAUUCCCUCCUCAUCGGUGGCGUUGUCGUGCCCCUCAUUACUUCUCAAGCCAUCACCGGCAAGGUGACCUUCGUCGAGAAGUCAGGCACAGGAGAACCCAAUGGGACUGGCGCUUAUGAGCUCGAUUUGACUCAGAUCUCUAACUUCAAUAAUGCUUGGAGAACCAUGGCAGGAUUGAAAACCGAUGUUUUCUGUGCCGCUGGACUUACACUUCCUGAUAAGGCCGGUCGACAAAUCACUGUCGGUGGGUGGUCUGGAGAGAGCAACUACGGAAUCAGACUGUACUGGCCAGAUGGCUCAGCUGGUGUGAAAGGACAAAACCAAUGGACCGAAGACCCCAACAACUUGCAGCUCUUGGUCCCAAGAUGGUACCCCUCGGCUAUGAUCAUGGCCAACGGUUCUAUUCUGGUCGUCGGUGGUGAAGUCGGACAGAAUGCAGCAGAGCAACCUAAUCUUGAAAUCCUCCCCAGAACAGGUGGUGGUACCGUGAACCUCGAUUUCCUCCAACGCACUGCUCCUUUCAAUCUAUACCCCUUUAUCAUGGUUGUGCCCACUGGGAUCUUCAUCCUGUACUACAACGAAGCUAGAAUUCUGGAUGAGAAGACCUUUGCUACGAUUAAGACUCUGCCGAAUAUGCCCGGAGCUGUCAAUGAUCCUACUGGAGGAAGGACAUACCAGUUGCAAGGUUCUAUGAUUGCGUUACCGCAAUAUGCGCCUUUCACCGAUCCGUUGAGUAUCAUGGCUUGUGGGGGCUCGACUCAGAAUGGCGGGUAUUCGAUUGAUAAUUGUGUGUCGACAACGCCGGAGGCUGCGAAUCCUGCUUGGACUAUUGAGAGAAUGCCCUCACGAAGAGUUAUGCCUUGUAUGGCUGGUCUCCCAGACGGCACUUAUCUCAUUGCAAAUGGUGGUCAACAUGGCGUAGCAGGAUUCGGUCUAGGAGGCUCUCCCAAUUACAAUGCCAUAAUCUAUGACCCCACGAAGCCCGUCAACCAACGCAUGUCCGUAAUGGCCAAUACAACCGUAGCUCGCCUCUACCACAGCGAAGCGAUCGUUCUCCUUGACGGCCGCGUGAUGAUUUCUGGCUCCGACCCUACAGGUGAUUACACCAACCCGGCCGGUUCCUUCCCAGAAGAGUAUCGGGUAGAAGUUUUCACACCACCUUACCUCCUCUCCGGCCUCGCUCGCCCAACCUUCACAAUAACCAACAAGGACUGGAAAUACGGCUCCGCCGUGACCUUCACUAGUUCCGUCUCCGGAAUAAAAGUAAGUCUGCUAGGCAGCGUGAGUUCGACGCAUGGAAAUAGCAUGGGGCAGAGAACGCUGUUUCCAGCUGUCACGUGUACGGGGACGAGUUGCACUGUUACGGCUCCGCCGAAUGCGCAUGUUUGUCCGCCAGGGUGGUAUAUGAUGUUUGUUCUUAAUGGCCCUACACCUUCGGUUGGGCAGUAUGUGAGGAUUGGUGGUGAUCCUGCUAGUCUUGGAAAUUGGCCGAAUUUAUCUGGGUUCUCGCUUCCUGGUGUUUGAAGGGUGGUGAUGAAUACUAAUGAGAUGACUGGAAAAGACAAGUUUCCUGAGCGGAGCAUAUUGAGGAUUCUGGAGAGCGUUGUGGUAAUGAAUGCCACGGUUGCACUUUGAGCUGAAAAUAAUUAAUGUCUAUUAUAUUUGUUAUUCAA